AUGACUAACAAUAUCUCGUCUCUUCCGAACGAGCGUGAAGCAGUCACCACGGCGACGUCCCAAUCUCAGCGUCUGCGUACUGUUCGGUCUAGAGUAGCAAACUCGGCUGAUAGAUCUAGCGAUGACAUACACGAUCAGUCAUCUCGGCUACCAUUUCGUCGCCUCAUCGCCGCGUAUCUGUGUCUUUCAGCCAUCUACUUCACCUCUUCGCUUGACAUCAAUUCAGUCGCUUUAGCUCUCCCUGUAAUCGCUCGCGAUCUUGGCGCUGGCAGCAGCAUUACUUGGACUGGAACGGCCUAUUUAAUGGGCCAGGCCGCCUUUCAGCCUCUAUACGGUCGCUUGUCCGAUAUUUUCGGUCGAAAGCCUGUCUUGAUGCUCUCCGUUGGAUUUCUCGUCAUUGGCGAUAUUUUAUGCGCAAACUCCCACUCUCCCGCUUGGCUCUAUGCAUGUCGAGCGAUAAGUGGAAUUGGCGGUGGAGGCAUCAGUUCUAUCAUAUCAAUCAUUGUUAGUGAUCUUGUGAGCCUUAAAGACAGAGGCAAGUACCAAGGAAUGCUUAAUGCCUCCAUCGGCGCUGGAUCAGCUAUAGGGCCAUUCCUUGCGGCCUCUCUGAUACAAAAGACAAGAAUAGGAGGGAUAUCGAGCUGGAGAUGGAUCUUCUACAUUCCGCCAAUCCUGGCUUGCGUUUCUACUGUAGCUUGUAUGGCUUUCUUACCGUUGACAAGCAUCAGUGGAAGCUGGAAAGCGAAGGCAAGACAAAUCGACUGGAUGGGCCUUGCAGCUUCUCUAGUAGCAACUAUUUGCAUGCUGAUCCCUCUGAACUUAGGCGGAACAUCCUGGCCAUGGAGUAGUCCCGCGGUAAUCUCUUUGAUGAUCAUUGGCGGCGCUGCAGUGGCUGCUUUCACAAUCAUUGAGAAAAAAUAUGCACGCAUCCCUCUCAUCCCUCUUCGGCUUUUUACUAGCAGAGCUAGCGCAAUUCUACUCAUCCAAAGCGCUUUUUACAACGUAGUAUGGCAAGUAGAUAUGUACUUUAUGCCUGCAUAUUUUCAAGAUGUUGGAGGAUUCAGCCCCCUACAGGCUUCUGCGUUGAUGCUCCCUAUACUUUUGUUCUCAAGCAUUUCAGGCAUUUUGUAUGACUAUAUAUACCAUCCAGGCAUCUUUCUGUGGCUCCUAGGCGUCUGCCUCAAGAUGGUGUUCGACCAGAAUACUAGCGUUGGGACUUAUUUGGGCGCCUUGUUAGUUGAAGGGUGGGGGAUUGGAUGUGUUUUCCAGCCAGGUCUCGUGGCUCUGCAAGCACAUUGUCCAUCCAAAGAUCGUGCGGUUGCGACGUCAACGCGGAACCUCUUCCGAAUGCUCGGUUCUGUCAUUGGCAUGACAAUCGCAUCUGCUUUACAGAGUGCCGUUACACAAGCAGCUCUACCCGACAAUAUCCCAGCUUCAGUGCUCUCGCAAGUAACGAUGGGAACGUGGAGAUCCGGAACCACAACUUGGGACCAAGACAUAUCCUAUGCCAAGUUCAAAGGUUUUCAGGCAGUGUUUGCAAUGGAAAUUCCUUUCAUGGCACUCUGCUUCCUUGGUUGUUUUGGUAUACCCAGCGCAACGUUCGGAGAAGACAACGAGAGUGCAGAGGGACGCACUACGUAAUACACUCAACCAUUUGAAUAAGUUGUGACAGCAGAUAUGGAUCAGACGAUACUUCUGGCGAGUCAGGGGCGGUUGGUCACAAUCGAGAGAAAUAACUUUAGGUUACUGUAGAAACGAAUGCAAGCCCACUAAGUAGAUACCUAGGUACUAGCCCGAAAAGUUUGGAGAAGACGUACUCCAGGGCCAGCAAGCUUCUAGAUGCAGAGUUUGCAUUGGUCUGUUACACAUUCCCUAUUGUGAGAAAAU